AUGAAUGCUAAUCCGUGGUGCAAAGCAUUCAAGUGGGCAAAAGGCAGUUACUGUAUGCAUAAUAUACCAAGUAACAUGACCAAACCGGACGGAUCGCUCACAUCCGACUGUAGUGAGACAGCUGAACUCCUGCUGAAUACUUUCGUCCCAGCAGACCCCGAUCAGGCCCGAUGUGACAUGGAUCUCCAUGGUCCUUCACAAAUCAGUGACCUUCCUAGCCCAGUCGAUAUCAAAGCGGCCAUAUGGCGAAUGCGGCCUACCGGUGCACCUGGCGCAGAUGGUAUUACUGCAGGCAUACUGAGGAAAGCCUGGCCUGCCCUCCGUGAAUCCAUCACUUACCUGUUCGGCAGAUUUCUUCACGAUGGAAUCUUUCCUGACUGCUGGAAGAUUGCCAAGUUGAUCAUUAUCUCCAAACCGGGCCGCUCAGACUCGUGUAAUGUUAAGUCCUUCAGACCUAUUAGCCUACUUCCGGCACUAGGCAAGGCACUUGAGACCCUCAUCAUAAAGAGGAUAGGGCUUGAGACAAAUUUGGACUCCUUCGCGGCACAACAUGGCUUCACCGCUGGUAAGUCCACGGUCAGUGCUCUCCGUAGCUUACAUGAGCGCAUCGAUGCGUCCAAAUCACGGCACAUAUUCGGGACAUUCCUUGACAUUACCGGCGCAUUUGACAAUGUAAAAUGGUCGCCAUUGCUCUUGCAAAUGCAGCGUCUGGGCGCCUCGCUUAAAACAUCAAAAAUCGUGAUAUCGUACCUCCGCAACAGGUGGGCGGACCUGGAACUUGAGGGCAUCCACUACCGGAGGAUGCUCGCUAGGGGUUGCCCUCAGGGAUCACAGUUGGGUCCUACCCUCUGGAAAAUAGCAAUGACACCCAUAUACGGCAUGUUACCUGACACCAGCACGACCAAAAUAAUUACCUACGCAGACGACAUUCUGCUAAUGGUUGGCGCCGCUAGGCCUACAACAGCCUUCCAGCGGAUUGAAAAACACUUGGACCUUCUAAACAAUUGGGCCUUUACGUUCGGCCUUGAAUUUUCCGCCAGUAAAAGUCAACUCCUAUCACUUAAAGGCGGUCUUAAACCUGGCUACAGCGUUCGCUUCGGGACGAGAGCAGACGCUCCUUUAAUCGUAUCCUCGGCCACGGCCAAAUACCUCGGGGUGUACCUGGACCCGAGACGGAGCUUCUGGGAUCACAUCGAGUAUGUAAGCCAAAAAUCGCGAGACAUGUACGGUCGCAUGAGAAGACUCCGCUCCGCGAACUGGGGCAUGGGCCAACUUGCGGCCAGGACAAUCUACAGGGGAGUCUUCUUACCUCGUCACUUACGCAGCUGA